AUGGCGAAGAAAGCAUCAAUGGUCUAUCUCUUUUCCAAAGAUGCUGACUUCUUGCUUCAGGUUUAUAUGGGAACACAUUCAUACCACAUUUGUGUUUCUGACAAAAGCUUCGACCCUCACUUCUAUAAUAUUCAAGAAUUGCAUGGCUCAGAAGCCAAUGCAACUUUCAGAGCACUUCAGUGCUACUGCAUUGAGUCUUCAGCAUAUUUACGAAGUAAAACAAUGAUAUUUCCCACCUCACAACAGCACACUACUGUUUGGGAAAUAGAAGGUGGCCAAGCCACGUGCCUGCCCUCUUGUUUCUUCCAUUCUCUACCUCCCCUCCCCAGCUACCACCACUGUGGCCCAGCAAGCGGCCCAUUGCAGUCCAUCAAGUGUGUGGUGGUCGGAGACAGAGCUGUAGGUAAAACUUGUCUGCUGUUCAGUUAUACCACCAAUGCAUUUCCUGGAGAAUACUUCCCUACUGUCUUUAACAACUAUUCUGCCAAUGUUAUGGUAGAUGGAAAACCAGUGAAUCUGGUCUUAGGGGUUACAGCUGGACAAGAAGAUUAUGAUGACAGUUACGUACGUCCCCUCUCAUAUCCGCAAACAGAUAUAUUCUUAAUUUGCUUUUCUCUUGUGAGUUCUGCAUCAUUUUAAAAUGUGUGCAAAGUGCGGCACCACUGUCCCAACCCCCCCAUCAUCCUAGUGGGGAGGAAAUUCGACCUUCGGAAUGAUAAAGACACCAUUGAGAAGCUGAAGGAGAAGAAGCUGACUCCCAUCACCUACCCACAGGGCUUAGCUAUGGCUAAGGCGAUUGGUGCUGUAAAAUACUUAGAGUGCUUGGCUCUCACCCAGCUAGGCCUCAAGACAGAGUUCGACGAAGCUAUCAAUGUGGUGCUCUGCCCACCGCCAGACAAGAAGCAGAAGAGAAAAUGCCUGCUCUUGUGA